UUCGAUUCAAGUAAAUAACGUGCAAAAUUAAUUCAAUUUUAACGUAGAAAAUUAUUUGAAAAAUGAAUAAAUUCUUUUUAUUUGUGAUUUGCGCGAGUUUUCUAAAUAAAUAUAUAGUUACGGCGGAUAAAGUUGUUAUAUGUUACUACGGAACAUGGGCGACAUACAGAAAUGGCUUGGGAAAAUUCGAUGUCAGCGACAUUAACACAGACCUAUGCACGCAUAUUGUAUACACGUUUGUGGGGAUCGAUUCUCAAGGAACAGUUACAUCGCUAGACGCGUUCCUGGAUUAUCCUGAUAAUUGGGGACGAGAUAAUUUUGGAAAAUUUAAUGCACUUAAACUUCAAAAUUCCAAAUUAAAAACCAUACUAGCCGUUGGAGGAUGGAAUGAAGCAUCAGCUAAAUAUUCAGUUAUGGCUGCGAACCCCACUUUCAGAAAGAACUUUGUAAGUAGCGCCUUGGCCAUGGUCCUUCAAUACGGCUUCGAUGGCUUAGAUGUCGAUUGGGAGUAUCCUAAUCGUCGCGAUUCAGUCAAUGGCCAAGCAGAUAUAAAUAAUUUUACGCAACUUCUAAAAGAACUUCGUGAGGCAUUCGAAAAGUAUGGGCUUAUAUUGACAGCAGCUGUUUCAUCUGUUAAAUCUUCGGCAUCUCUUUCAUAUGAUAUUCCUUCUAUUGUUCAAUACUUAGAUCUUGUAAACGUGAUGACUUACGAUAUGUAUGGCGCUUGGGAUCCAAAAACUGGUCACAAUGCUCCUCUUCAUAGGAGCGAAGGAGAUUUAAAUGUCGACAAAGAUCAACUCAACACUGUCGAUAUUGCCCUGGAAUAUUGGCUUGAACAAGGUUGUCCACCGGAGAAAUUGGUAUUAGGUUUACCAUUUUACGGACACACAUUUCAACUAGCAAACGCUGAUAAUAAUGGUGUCGGUGCUUCUGCUAACGGCCCUGGUCUAGCUGGACCAUAUACUUCUACUAGUGGAACAAUUGGAUAUAACGAAUUUUGUCAAAAACUUCGCACAGAAUCCUGGGAGCAACGUUAUGAUAAGUUAGCCAAAGUACCAUACGCCGUGCAAGGUCAAAACUGGGUUUCCUAUGAUGAUGCUAAUUCAUUAGUAGCUAAAGUUGAAUAUGCAUUACAAUUUAACAUCGCUGGUGUCAUGGUGUGGAGUAUCGAGACUGAUGAUUUUCAUGGAAUCUGCCAUACUGAAGAUUUCCCCUUAUUAAGAGCAAUUAAUCGAGCUUUAGGAAAAUCUGUCGUGACUACAACUACAACAACUGAACCUACUUCAACUACUUCCACUACUACACCUGUGUCUACAACUACAACAGUUGCACCUACAUCUGAAUCUACAACUUCAAGCUUGACAUCUACUUCAACUACAUCAUCUACUACGAGUACUACUCCUGCUCCAACAUCUACUACUAUGGAUCCAACUGAAAAUACGUUUGCUUGUAAAGAAGAAGGAUAUUAUAGGAACCCAAAAGACUGUACAUCUUUCUACGUCUGUAUUCGAGAUCUUUACAAUAACUUAGAAUCAAAGCUUAUCCAAUGUCCGGCGAAUCUUUACUGGGAUCAGAAGAACGUCUACUGCAAUUAUCCCAGUCAAGUUGAUUGCAAUCUUACCUGAAUACAAAUAAUAAACGUUAUUUAACAAUUUAGUUGGAA